UUUAAUUUUGAAGGCAAAAUCGGAAAGCCGGUAUUCUUAAUGUUGCUGCCAUAACGCUAAUAUAGUUAACUGCGUGUUCACAUUUUCGAACUAAUCUAAAAUAUGUGCCAUUUACUACGCAUGAUUUGAGCCAUACCGAUAGUUUGCUACACCUUCUCCACAAAACUGCCUUUGAUCAAUCGUAUAGUUACAAGCCAUGAGUUCCAACAACGUUUCCCUGUCAAAAGCUGAAUUGGUGGCAGCCAUCGGCGUGACUGCAGGAGCUACAGCUGCGGGCAUCCUCCUUUUCCAGUACUUCACCAAGGGGUCAGGGAUCAAGCCCAAGGUCAACCUGGACCUGCAGAAAGAUGACCCCAAAGUGGUGCAUGCUUUUGACAUGGAAGAUCUCGGGGACAAGGCGGUGUACUGCAGGUGUUGGAGGUCCAAGAAGUUUCCCUACUGCGAUGGCGCUCAUGCUAAACAUAACGAGGAGACGGGGGAUAACGUCGGUCCCCUCAUCAUGAAGAGAAAGGAGGCCUGAACAAUCAAUCAAUCAAUCAAUCAUCCAUCCAUUUGAUUCCAUGACUGCCGCUGCUAACAUACGGAUGCCAACAAGUGCUCUUCACUACAGGAAGGAUGGCAGAGGUUGACUUGACACGUGUACACUUGGUAUUUACUCCCAAAUUGAAUGGUAACAGUCAUUACAUUACUCUAUGUUAAUAACCAAAUAAUCACUUUUUUGGUUGUAAUUUAUUGAUUGAUCGAAGCAACAGGACCAAACAGUUAUACAAUUUUGUUGAAAUUACUUGUAAUAAUGCCUAGAAUGAUGGUAGAUAAUUCCAGUGUGAUUAUCGAGGAAACAGGGCUGUGGAAGUACUGUAAAAUAAAGUGCAAGGCUGGUUGUAUUUAUUUUAUUGAGCUUUGGUCUCUGUGCGUUAUGUGACUUUCAUAAUGCAAAGACUUGCUUGUAUGUUUGAUCAAUGUCUGCCUUCCCCUUUUUUUUCUUUUUUUUCUACCAUAGAGAUGUAUAGACAUCACAACGUUGUAUCCAUCCCAGUGAACACAAGGGCAGCGCCAUUGAGGCCAUCUCCAUUUUGAAGUAGUUCAUUUUCUUCUUCUACUACUUCUAUGAGUUAGUAAACAAACUGAAAAGGUGUAUACUCCCAUCUGGAGUGUGUUGUUUGAACAGGUAUAAAGCCAGGGUUGGUGAUAUUACUGCCACCAGCAGUGUGUUGUUUGAACAGGUAUAAAGCCAGGGUUGGUGAUUUUACUGCCACCAGCAGUGUGUUGUUUGAACAGGUAUAAAGCCAGGGUUGGUGAUUUUACUGCCACCAGCAGUGUGUUGUUUGAACAGGUAUAAAGCCAGGGUUGGUGAUAUUACUGCCACCAGCAGUGUGUUGUUUGAACAGGUAUAAAGCCAGGGUUGGUGAUUUUACUGCCACCAGCAGUGUGUUGUUUGAACAGGUAUAAAGCCAGGGUUGGUGAUUUUACUGCCACCAGCAGUGUGUUGUUUGAACAGGUAUAAAGCCAGGGUUGGUGAUUUUACUGCCACCAGUAGUGUGUUGUUUGAACAAGUAUAAAGCCAGGGUUGGUGAUAUUACUGCCACCAGCAGUGUGUUGUUUGAACAGGUAUAAAGCCAGGGUUGGUGAUUUUACUGCCACCAGCAGUGUGUUGUUUGAACAGGUAUAAAGCCAGGGUUGGUGAUUUUACUGCCACCAGCAGUUAUGGAAUGUUUACUCCCGAGUAUAAUUCAUUGGCUGAUCCUUCCUCAUGACUUGGAUGGAAUUAUGUGAUCCUUCCUUAACCCAUAGGAAGUCGACUACUUCAAAAUGGUGAAAGUCCUCAAUGGCACUGCCCAUGCUAAAACAGGCUUUUGGGAUAGAAGAGUCCUCUAUCAUUCUGUAUGGUUGAUACUCAGGAGUUUUUCCUGACCACAGGACCUGAUCAGGGAUAUCUCUGGACCUUUUAUUGGAAGCCAUAACUAGGUACUUUACAUAGUUGUAGUCCAUAUAACCAUAACUAGGGCCCAGAGGUUUUCCAUGGUCAGGUCAUGUGGUUAGAAAAAACGUCUGGUCCUACUGAAGCAUUGUCAAGGAAACGGUGAGAUUUGAUUGUUUUGAUUCAACUUGUGAAAUCAAAUUGUGUAAAUGGUGUCGAUUUUCAAUGUAUUUGGGAGAUAAAGGUUCUGCAGGUUUCUUAGUUGGAGAUGAAUCAUUGGGAAGGAUUGCUUUGUUGCCCUAAGUUUGUUAAUGCUGAUGUAACAAGUCUAAACUUGUUCUAUACCACAUACCAAUUGGAUUCCUGGGUUGUGUUCAGUAGGCAAGAAACAUUUGUGGAAUGUAGUGAAACUAGGAGGUAGCUGACUUGAACAUGAUAAAUACUCAGUUUUGUUUUUAAAAAGGUUUUGCUACGGUUUACCCUACUGAUCACAGCCCUGUACUGAACACGUUUAGUAGCUGAAUCUGAACUUUUCAUGCAGCACUUCUGCCAACCAGCUUAUUCAUUCACACCCAAGGGGUGCACAUUUAGGUUUUUGCCCUAGCAUUGCACAGCGGAAUCAAAUAAUGAACUUAUCAUCAAACUUAGAUUAUUUGAAUAAGCUGUGUAGUGCCAGGGCAAAAACCAAAAUGUGCACCGAGGGGGGGGUCCUAAGAAUGUGUAGGUAGUGUCUACUGUCUGUGUGACCUCUGAUUUUCACAAUAUGUGAUUUCAUCCAAAUCCAUCACUUAUUUAUCAAUAAAAAACUAUAUCGAUGUUC